GUUACACAGACUUGGUAUGCCUCCCCUUUAAGGUGUUAAUUUAUUAUAAAUUGUGUGGGCUACAUAUUACAGCAAUGAUUGUUGUAGUGUUGUGGUUUGGAUAUGUAUGUUUAAUACUGAAAGUAAUGGGACUAUCGGAGGGGGAAUGAUUUCAGGUUGUUAGUAAAGGAGAAUGUCAGCAGCUGUAAAUGUUCUGGAUUUAAACGAAGUUUUACGUCGCUUUGCAUGGAACAGGCUCUACACAAAAUCCAAUUUCGUUAAGAAACUACUUCUAGAAGAAAAGGAUUAUUAUGUAGACGUGGACUGGAAAGGUGUUACUGUAGAUCAUAACAUCCAGAGACUUUCUCUUAGACCUUCAAACCGGACAUACGACACCCCGUUCGGUAAAAUCAACGCCGGUUCUCGUUGGAUUUCUCUCUUCACAUGUGAUUUCGAAAACCAAUCUGAUUCAAAGCAGUCACAUAAUUUUUGUGGAAAACGUGAGACAACCACGUGGGUAGGCGUUGAUUUAAAAACUUGCUACACGAUAGCUAAAGAUGUGAACAUUUCCAUCAACCUUCCGAGUCAAUUUUCCAAAUAUAGAGCUGGGCGAGACAAUGGAGUCAGUGUUAGUAAGGUUAAGGGAGAAGUUUUUAAAGAAAUCAUAACAUGGGAAGUCAACUCGCACGUGGACGUUAGGCCUGGAUGGCGCGCGGUGGCAGAGUUAUUGGCCAUGGAAGAAAGUCACGUGAUGGAUUUCGAGAUUACGACUAGUCUUUUUGUGCCACGUGGGAAAGUUCCGAUUUGGUUUCGACGACGUUCUGAUGAUCGGAUCAGCCACUUAGUUGAAUUAGACUCUGAAGAUUUUACAACUGCUUUUAGAAAUAAAAAUGUCGGUGGUGUUUUAGAGGAUGACGAGUGUCGGUUGGUUACUAUUUUAAAGGAAAUGGUCAUAGAGCAGACGGGAGAAGAAUCAAACUUCACCUGCUUGCAGUUUACAACUACCGGCUCUUCCGCCAUGGUGGCUUGGUCUGACCAGAAAGUGGACAUUAGAACAGAACCUAUGGAUGUUAUUGACGAAGAAAUGUCUAGAACUGUUUAAUUUAUUUAUUAAUUAUCUUCCAUGAAUGUUAUGUAGAUUUUUUUAACUGGGAAGUCGUCGACGGCUGUAAAUGAUUUUAUAUAUGUAGACUAUAUUGACUCUUUUUUUCGUCUGACUACAAAUUAAUCAAGAAGAUCUCUAAAACUAGUUGCAUCUUCUCAGGUCUAAUUUCUUUCAGAGAAAAAUCAUUUUAUGUUUUAAAUGAUUCGAAGAAAUGCUCAUCGUUAACCGGCGAACCGAAGCAAACAUAUUUGCGGUAUUAUAUACCGAUCUCCACUGUUACGUGAGAUCUACGGGGGGCAUGGACAGGGGCAUGAAUAUACGGAAUCGGAGAAAUUGAGAUCCGAAUGAUGGAAUAAGUGGACUCGGUCACAAAAUGAAUAGAAGUAAAUAUAUUUCGAAUUGCUAUUAACUACAAAUAUGGAAAAAACCUUAAUAAAAGUAACUAUGUUUUGUAUUUUUAAUCUUUUUUUUUCAUUAAAAUUGUGUCUUGCCGACAGUUCAAUUUCUCAUAUACUCCUAUUCAAGUGCGAACAGCCUUUUGAUUAUGUACUUUUAUAGUUUCAUUUUCGUUAAAAAAUAUUGUUAAUUAUUUAUAAAUAGAGUCUAUUAUAGUUGUUUUUAAAAUGGCAAUAAAAUUAUACUUG